AUGCAUGGGGCAUCGCAGGCAAAAAAAACUCUCCAUGUAGGCUGGAAGCUUCCCUGGGCUGCACAGUUGUUGGACUGGGCAGGCUCUCUGGAGGCCCAGGAGCAAGUAAAUAAGAAAAUGCCCUCAGCGAUGAAUGCAAAUAGGACGGUGCAGUCUGCCAGCCCAGAUGUGGGAUCCGCUCCAGGUUCAAUGGGCACACUUGGUGGACAGUCCGAAGUAUUGAAGCAGGUGCUGGGUGUCAUCGACAAGAAGGUCCGCAAUAUGGAGAAAAAAAAGAGCAAACUGGAUGAUUAUCAGGUCAGGAAGAAUAAAGGGGAGGGUCUCAACCAGGACCAGCUGGAGGCCCUCUCUAAAUAUCAGGAAGUCAUGAACAACUUGGAAUUUUCCCGAGAGCUGCAUAAGACGUUUAUUGCACUGGGACAAGAUAUUCAGAAGGUGGUGAAAAAGUCUGUGCGACGGGAGCAGCUGCAGCGGGAAGAGGCAGAGCAGAGGAGGCUCAAGACGGUUUUGGAGCUCCAGUUUGUGCUGGAUCGGCUGGGCGAUGAAACUGUACGGCAGGACCUGAAGCAGGGGGUCAGUAGCUCUCUGGUGCUGACAGAUGGAGACCUUGCAGCUUUUGAUGAGUUCUACAAGUUAGUGGGACCAGACCGCAAUCAAAACAUAAGAUUGAUUGACCAGUAUGAAGAUGCAUCUGUACACCUUUGGGACCUGCUGGAAGGGAAGGACAAGGCUGUGGUCGGAACAACAUACAAGGCACUGAAAGAAACUUUGGACCAGGUUCUGUUGAGUGGGUAUUUCGACCGGGUUCCAUGCCACCAAAAUGGAGUAUGUGAGGAGGAGGAAGAGGAAGAACCGGUAGCAGCGGCUGUGGCUGAAUCGUCGGAAGCUGAAGAGCUUCCGACUGUUGAUCCAGAAACUGAAGUAAUUGAAGAAUUCACAGAGCCCAUCACAGUGGAAACAACAGAAUUUGUAAACAGACAGUUCAUUCCAGACAGCACUUACAGCGGCAGUGAAAAGGAGCAAGGGGAUGAGUGGACCAGGGAAACGGAGGCUGUUUCUGCUUUGCAGCAGCAGCAACAACCUGUGCAGCCCGCAGCUCCCCCUGUUGCCCUGGAAACCCACCCUUUGAACCUAACAUCACCCGUUCCACCUACUGACCCCAUGGCCAGGAAGCAGGUAGUGCAGGACUUAAUGGCACAGAUGCAGGGGACUUACAACUUCAUGCAGGACUCCAUGUUGGAGUUUGAUGGACAGCCUAUUGACCCGGCCAUUGUAUCAGCGCAGCCCAUGAAACCGCCUCAGAGCAUGGACGUACCACAGAUGGUUUGUCCUCCAGUUCACCCCGAUUCCCGGCUAUCGCAACCCAACUCUGUUCCUGUCCAACCUGAGCCUGCACAAGUCCCCAUCGUUUCCCCAACGCCACCUCCAAUGUAUCAGACCUCACACACGCCAGACCCCCGACCCUCGGCAGAGUCCAUCGACCCCAUUCAGACGUCCCUGUCGUUGUCAUCAGAGCAGCCUCCCCCCACCUCAGCUCUCCCUCCUGCCUCUCAGACGCAGGUUUUCCAGCCUGUUUCCAAAGCUCCUCACAGCAGUGGCAUCAAUGUCAACGCAGCUCCAUUCCAGUCAAUGCAGACAGUGUUCAACUUAAAUGCCCCAGUCCCACCAGCUAACGAGACAGAGGCCUUGAACCAGGCCAACCAGUACCAGAACAGCUACAAUCAGGCCUUCAGCAGUCAGACACAGCAUCCUGUGGAACAAACAGAGAUGCAGUCAGAACAGUUACAAUCUGUAGUGGGUGCCUUCCAUCCUCAAGACCAGUCGGGGGCUCAUCAGCAACCUUCCCAGCAAGGCCCAGGCUUUGGCAGGCAGUCCCAGUCCUUCUACAACAGCAGAGGCAUGUCCCGGGGUGGACCCCGCAAUCCCCGGAGCAUGAUGAAUGGCUAUCGAGGCACUUCAAAUGGAUUCAGAGGUGGCUAUGACGGUUACCGUCCUCCUUUCACCAACCCUCCAAACUCUGGAUAUGGACAGACUCAGUUCAGCACACCCCGGGACUACUCAAAUGGGAAUUAUCAGAGGGACGGUUACCAACCAAACUACAAGCGGGGAGCAGGCCAGGGACCCAGAGGAGUUUCAAGAGGGAGCACUCAAGCAAUGCGAUCCUGAUAUGGCCUUUCAUAAUGACUGUGACUGAAUAACUUGCACCACACUGAAAAUUUAAAGUCAAGAAUGCAUUUUCCCCAGCUCACUAGCGCUCUAUUUUCUUUGUUCUUGAUCAGUGGUAUUUUUCCUGUGUCCUUAAUCAAAGUGAUACCUGCUUUGAUAUUUGGAAAUAAUAAAUCAUAUAAAGUUCAAAACACAAGGUAAACUGUAGAUUCAAUCAUUGGUUUACAUGAGCCAUGUGUUUCCAGAUUCCUGUAAACUUGAAAGAGUCGAUAAGUUAUUUUUGUUUUUAUUAAAACUGCACCUGCCACUGCUGGUCCAAAUCAUGGGAGUUUAUUUCCCUGUUUUUUUUCUCUCUUCCCAGUCAUUUUGGUUCAAACAAAACAUUUUUGUUCAAUGAGCUCCCAUUUCCUUGUUUGUAAAUUGAUGUUGCUUCCAGAGUUUCAAUAAAGUUGUGUUGCAUA